AUUCAUUCCGGAAGACAGGUAAGGGCGUGGCGACAGUCCAGGUGUCCAGUCUGUUAAUAUUUCAGACGAAAUAAGAAAUGGCUUUGACUCAAGAGGCGAUUUUAAACACUCUUUUAGAAGGCAAAGGAAAGGUAAAACACUCAGAGUUGCUGAACAAGUUCCAAGAGCCACUGAACUGCAGUGAUCCAGCGGAGAAGAAACAGAACCGAGAUCUCUUCAAAACCUUUGUGAACAACAUUGCAGUCGUGAAAGAAUUCCAGGACGCCAAGUAUAUUGUCCUUAAGAAAGUGUACAAUCAUUUACUACUAGAAGCCUCAAACGAUGAAAAUGCACCAAGAGAAGAUUGCGGUCGAGAUGGAUCGCAUCCAGAAGAAGAUGAGAAGGAAGAAUCCACACAUUCCCAAAAUGCAGAAGAAGGUAGGAAGUCUGAACAGAACGCAGUGAGCAGAUCUCCGUCGAAGGCUUCAGACGGCAGCGCAGAACGCUCUCAAAUAGAGAUAGCAUUGGAAAGAAGCAAGAAUGUGGACUUUAAACCUAAACAGUCUUUACAUUUCACCGUCCCGCUGAAGCCUGACCCCGAUUUCUCAGGAGCCGCCAAGAAAGAAGCAAGCACAUACAAACCCUGUGCUCUACCUUUACGAAUGCCCCAAAUAGACUUGGGUCGUCAUAACAAGAAGCCUUCCACUGAGAGCUUGGGAGAAGAGCUUCAGUCCUCGCCUCAGUGUAAGAGGAGAACAGACAGCGUGGUCAGCGCUGGAGCCUCGCCACAGUCACAGAGACACUUCAAGACCCCUAAACAAGCGGAUGAGCCCAAGGACUCGCACCAUUUCCCACUUGAUCGCGUAGAGCACAAGUGGCUGGUGAAGUCUGCGGCUGGACAGUGGAAUCAAGUAUACGGCAUGCUGUUAAAAGACACCCAGCUUGCAGAGAAGAAGGACUUCAUGUCUGGGUUCACGGCUCUACACUGGGCUGUCAAGUGUGGAAACCUUGACAUGGUGUGUAGGAUUAUUGAGGUGUCUAGAAAGAGCGAUCAUGGGGUGGAUGUCAAUGAAAAGUCCAAUGGUGGAUACACACCGCUUCACAUCGCUGCCAUCCACGAUCAGCGCUCUUUGAUUGACCUUCUAGUCCGUAUAUACGGUGCCAGUGGGAACAUAAGAGACAACUGUGGUAAGAAACCCUACCACUACCUGCGCAACGGGGUGUCCAGAGAGCUGAGGGAGCUUCUCGGAGACCCGAAAGCUGUCGACCCGGAGGUGCAUCAUCAGGCCAGGGAUGAGUGUGAUGCACGGAAACACUCUAUAGGUCACCUGUUCCUCGCUCAUCCAGUGGGGCUUAAGAAAAAGAACAAGGGGAGAAACCAGUUCAUCUCCGUCAGUGACGACGGCAGAGAGAGAGGGAUGAGCCAGUGAUGCAGAAACAGAGGCUGCUAUCCGAGGUCUUCCCAUAACUGAGACCAAAUGUGGAUUAUGAGAUUGAUUUGGAGGCAAUAUUUGUGACCCUGGAGCACAAAAACAGUCAUAAGUAGCAAUAGUUGACAAUACAUUGUACGGGUUAAAAUGAUAGAUUUUUCUUUUACGCCAAAAAUCAUUAGGAUAUUAAGUAAAGAUCGUGCUCCGAUGAAGGUAUUUUGUAAAUUUUUCUACCGUAAAUAUAUAAAAACUUAAUUUUUGAUUAGUGAUAUGCAUUGCUAAGAAUUCAUUUCAUUUCAACUCUAAAGAUGAUUGUUUUUUAUUAUUUAGAUUUUUUUGCACCCUCAGAUUCCAGAUUUUCAAAUAGUUGCAUCUCAGCCAAAUAUUGUCCUUCUAACACACUAUCAAUGUAAAGAAAUGUAAAAAAAAUAAUAAAAAAGACCCUUAUGACUGGUUUUGUGAUAGGGUCAGGUUUGUGAUCUAAAUGAAUCAGCCUUUAUCUGAGAUUCUAGAAGAAUUAUGUACUUCCAAAGACUUCUUUUAAAGUUAAUUUUUAAUACGAACGACGAUAUACCCUGCCGUUCAAAAUGCUUUUAAAAUAAAUGAAUACUUUAAUUUUCAGCAGGAACACUUUAAGUUGAUCAGAAGUGACAGUAAAGAGAUGUAUGCUACGAAAGAUUUCUGUUUCAUGUAAAUGUUGUAUUUUUGGACUUUCUGUUCAUUGAAGAAUCCUAAAACAGAAAUGUAUUGCAGUUUGCACAAAACUGUUUGUCAACUUUGAUAAUAAUCAGAAAUGUUACUUGAACAGCAAAUCAGAAUAUUAUUCUGAUUUCUGAAGAUCAUGUGACACUGAAGACUGGAGUAAUGAUGCUGAAAAUACAGCUUUGAUUCAGGGGAAUAAAUGUCAUUUUACGAUAUAUUCACAUAGAAAAUUGUUAUUUUAAAUUAGAGUAAUAUUUCCCAAUAUUACUGUAUUUUUAAUCAACUAAAUGAAGCUAUGGUGAGCAGAAAAAUACUUCAGAAACAUUGAAAAUCUCACCAAAUGGUGGUGCACUAUACAGUAUG